AGUCGCUCCUGAGUAUAAGUCAAAAAAACUAUGAAAAAAACGCGACUUAUAGUCCAAAAAAUACUAUAAAUAUAUUUAAAUAUGAGUACACUGCUGCUUUAGGCACAUCCAUGAUAUGGUGCACUUUUUAAACGAGUUUGGACCUGUCAGGUAUUUGAAUUCAACAGGUAACAAGUUCCACAGAUUGACUCUUCUCCAAGUAAAUAUGACAUCAACGUCGAUGAACUCUCGCCUGAACAAGGCUGUCCGUGAGCAUUACAUGAGGCUUCCACAAGGACACAAAUGUCAAGUGACUUACAUCUGGAUUGACGGAAAUGGAUUGGGGCUAGGCAACAAAACCCGGACCCUGGACGCUGAACCCAAAAGUAUACAAGGAGGGCAAAGAAGGUACACGGUUGCAGGAUGAGGAGGAAAAAACCUCUUCACCCGAAGACCUGUGUCAUAAUUAUGAAGAGCUUUACUCCAAGCCAUUCGUCACACCUGAGUCUGAAAUCCCAGAGAACCUCCUGAUCCUCUCGUACUUAUUUUUCAUUCAUUUGGCUACGACUGUCGUCGAAGAGCAAACCUGCAGCUGCUGGAUGACAAAACUCUGGUCUUCAUAGCUGGUCAGAUGCUCAUAUUGCUCGAUGUUUGCACCAGGCAGCAAAGCUACCUGCGCUCCUGCAGUGGUGGUGGAAUUGGCGCCAUUGGGGUAAGCCAUCAGAAAGAUUAUUUAGUGGUGGCAGAGAAAGGACUAAAACCCAUCCUGCUUGUUUAUAAAUACCCUUCAUUACAAGCAUACCGUAUCCUGAGAGAUGGUACAGAGCUUGCGUUCAGCUCUGUCAACUUUAAUAGUGAUGCCAGUCUUCUGGCCAGCCUGGGGAGUGAACCUGACUACAUGCUGACAGUGUGGAACUGGAAGAAGGAGGAAGUGAUGCUCAGGUGCAAAGCCAUUUCUCAGGAGGUCUACAGAGUGACCUUUUCCCCAUACAACCCCGGCCUACUGACAUCAUCAGGAUCAGGACAUAUCAAGUUCUGGAAAAUGGCCAGCACAUUUACAGGUCUCAAAUUGGAGGGACUUAUUGGGCAUUUUGGAAAGACUGCAGCCACAGAUAUUGAAGGCUACAUCGAACUUCCUGAUGGAAAGGUGCUUUCUGGCUCAAACUGGGGCAACUUGCUGCUGUGGGAUGGAAACGCUAUUAAAGUGGAGCUCUGCCGCAAGGGAGGACAUUAUUGUCACGCAGGGGUUGUCCAGCCUUUUGCCUUGGAGGACGGACAACUGAUGACCUUUGGCUCUGAUGGAAUGAUUCGGGGCUGGGACUUUGAGACCAUUGAUGCUGCUGACAGUAGCAGUGAAAACAGCAAGUUUGAGUUGGAGCCCAUGAAUGAGAUGGCGGUUGGGCGCCAGGUUUGCCUCUUUUCAAUGGUGAAAAGCAUGCAGGCGGACUCUACUGUUUGGCAUGCUCAGGAUUCCAAUGGAGCCAUUUGGAAAGUGGAUCUUUCAUUUACAUACUCAACUCCUGAUCCUGCGUGCCUAUUUUCCUUCCAUGCUGGGCCAAUCAACGGACUUGAUGUAUCGAAGAAGAGUCAUCUCAUGGCCACGACUGCUUCAGAUCGUUCUGUCCGAAUCUUUGACUUUCUGUCAAAAACAGAACUUACCUGUAGCUGGUUCACUCAGGGUGGAACUGCUCUUCACUGGGCCCCACCUUCAGUGACUCAUGCUGGAAAUUUACUAGUGACGGGCUUUGAAGAUGGAGUUGUGCGCUUACUGGAGCUUUUUGACCCCAAAGGCCUUCAAAUAGUAACCAGGCACAAAGUGGAGGCCCAGCUGCGCCUCAAACAAGCCUUCAAACCCCAUAAUGCUCCUGUAACCACUGUUGCAUAUGAACACAAUGGAACGGUCUUGGCCACCGGGAGCUCAGACUGCACUGUGUUCUUCUUCACUGUUGGAGACAAAUAUGAGCCAAUUGGUUUUGUCUCGGUUCCCGGACCAGUACAAGUGCUGGAAUGGUCACCUCAUGCCCAUAAUGAAAAGAGUCUGCUAAUCCUUUGUCUAAGUGGUCAUGUUGUGGAGGUACCAUGUCCUGACCCUGAAACCCAUCAGACGGCCAAGUCCUUUCAACUACUUGACAUACCCAGAAGAACCUUUCGCUUCAAAAGCAUUAAAUCUCAAAUCAGGAGAGACGAGGAAAUAGCAAGACGACAUGCAUUAAAGGAGCAGCGAAUGAAGGAACGUCAAGAAAACGAACUCUUAGAGGAAGAGGAGGAAGAAGAAGAGGAGGAGUUGCCCCGUAUUUACAUUCCUGAUCCUCCAAGUCCUCUCUAUUGGGGUUUCUUCUCGGAGCCUGGCCAAUUCUGGAUCUCAAUGGGAGGAUAUGACUCUGGUUUCUUGUACCACUGUAAGUUUUCUGAGAAUCAAGAUGAGAAUUCAGAAAAAUGUCCCGUUGAGCCAUUUGACUUCCUGCCUAUCCAUAAUGCUGAUAGUGACCCCAUUCGUUCAGUCACCUUCAGCUCCAACAGGCAGCUCAUGCUAUGCGGAAUGCACUCGGGCUCCAUCAGAGCUUAUCCUUUGGAUCCCGACGAUCACGUCCUAAAAUCCAUGCAGGCGUACUGGGAACUGAGUAUCCACGACAGCAAUUAUGGACAUCUGAGGCAUAUCUGUUGCAGUCAUGACGACCAGUUUGUGCUUACAGCAGGAGACGAUGGGAACAUCUUCUCCUUCACUCUGCUUUCUCAUGAGGAGCUGCUGAAAGGUUUGCAGAGAAAAAAGGCAAAAGUUCCUUCACCAAGGAUUGGUCUAGAGAAUGAAGAGUUGGCCAUGGACAUCGAUGAUCCCACAGCGUACAGCAUAGAGACGGCUAAACAGAAGCUGGAAAAAGACCGGCAGCGUCAGGAAGCUGACAAGAAAAUAUUAGCCAAACGAAAAAUGCUUGCUGCGCUCCAGAGCAAGUUUAAAAUACUACUGGAUGACAACCUUAACCUGCCUCAACACAUUCAACUGACCCCUAUGGAACUGCUGCUGGACCAGCGUUUUGAAGAGCAAGCCGAGAGAGAGAAAACCCGACGUUUAGAUGAAGUCCAGUACCAGAUGAGCUGGCGAGAGGAGCACUCCCAUUUAUCCCUCAAAAAGCUACAAGACUGGUUCAGUGACUCGACAGAGCGUAACAUCGUCACUGUGUUCGCCAUUCGCACUGACCACAGCGUCUCCACCUACCAUAUUCCGAGUCUUUCUACGACCCGGCUCCAGGAGGAGAGCAGUUCAAACAAGUGUGGUGUCGAUGAAACCCAUGUGGUUGAAAGCCAAGCAACUGUAGAACAACAUGAAAAAGACAGUAGUGAAACAGAUGAGGAAGAGGCCCCUCCUACCUCUGCGACUCGAGCUGUGGUCCAGAUUACAGAUCGGCAGGUUGAAAGGCUCCAAAAAGCUUCAGCGAAAGCUGAACAGACUCGGGCCAAGAUUGCAAAGAGGAAGGAGGAAUGGGACAAACUUUAUGCAGAAAAGCCACAUAAGGACUGCGAAGACCCACGAGAUGUGCAGGCCAUCUUUGAAGCCCAAGAGAGCAUUGGCGACUUGAAACUUAAAACAGACAAAAACUUCACUGUGCCUAAACAUUUACGAAUGAGUGCAGACAGGAAGAAAGUUGAGAUGAUAAACCUGGAGGACAAUAUUCGCGAGAAACAGACUGAGAUGAACACAGAAAUUGUGGCCUUGCGGGACUUCAAACUUCUUCUUUUAUCCAAACUGGGAUCCCAGGCUAGACAGCUCCAGAGGGUCCAGAGUUGUUUGCCAUCGCAGCUCCACCGCCGCCCACCCCCGCUGCCCACGAUACGAUGUGAGGAAGUACCAGAGAAGAGCCAGCGAUGCACCCGAGCCAUUCUAGAAAGAUACAGAGCGCUGAAGGAGAAAAGGUCAAAGCAUGAUGAGCUGGAAGAUCAAGAUAGUGGGAUGAGUGUGGUUGAUGAGCUGGAAAGGGAGAUUGAAGAGAUGGAGAAAAGUGAAACUGUAUCAAAUCCAUCAGCAGAGGAGACCACAGGUGAGCAAGGAGAAUUGAGAGAGGAGGACCUGCACGAUAUGGAUAAAGACACAUUGUUAGAGAUGCAGGAUUCUCUACUGGAGCAGAUGAAGACUUUGGUGGAUCAAUUUGAUAAGGAUCACAUGAUGUGUCUUGAGAAGGUACAGAUGCUGGACUGGAAGCUAAAACUUGCCAAUCUGCGCCAUUUGACUCUUUAUCAGGAGCUAUUGCUUCUCAAGGAGGUGGAUAAGAGUGAAAAGGUUUCGCAGGACAAGCUUGACAAACGUCUGAAGGAGCAGCACGAGUUGCUGUCUGAGUUGGAGAGGUGUAGGAAGGCGCUGGAACUGAAGCGUAAAGACAUUGCAAAACGUCAAGAGAAAGAGAAAUCCAAUACAGCAGCUUUCCAUGCCUUGCUGGGUGAUGACAACAACUUUGAGGAGUAUCUGACCAAAGUUUACAAGAAGAAAAUAAAACGUACCAAGAAGAAGGAGGAAGAAAGUGAUGGGGAAGACGAAGACAGCAAUGAUGACUUUGACGAUUAUGAAAACUGGGAUGAUGACGACGAUGAUGAUUGGGAUGGAUUAGAUGGAGAGGGGGCUGUGGAGGAAUGCCCUGCAGGGUGCGAUCAAAAGCUGUUUGAUGACAUAUUGGAGCUGCGUGAACGUCGCUUGGACCUGGAGGAGUUGCUGGCAGAGGAGAAGAAGAAUGCUGAACACUUGGAGAAGGAUUGUGACGCCCUUGUGAAAAAGAUGAAGUCAAUCAAAAUCAGUCUUAAGGCUGCAGAAGAUGACUUAGAACAAGUCAACAGAGAGAAACAGCAAAAAAUGAACCAACUGGAUGUUGUGGUUCCUCUUCGGCUGCACCAGAUUGAGAUUGAUAUUACUGGCCAAGUGCCUUCGGACCUCAGCCCGGCAUUGGUGCUCACUAGGAUGGAGCUACAAAGGCUGCAGGAGCGAGUGAACGAAUUAGAGGUAGAGAAGCAUCAGCAGACAGAAGUGUACCGUCAGGCCCGUCAGCAGCACAUCAGGCUCAUCAAAGAACGCAAGGAAAUGAACAAUGAAAUUGAGACGCUGGAGAAGCUUUGCCACCAGCUGAUGAUGACAAGGUUUGGGCGAGAGGUGGAUAUGGAGGUUCUGCAGACUCUGUGUGCCAACAAGUCAGUUGCUGAGAUGAAGCAGGAAAGAAUCUUGCGGGAAAUUGCAAUUGCCAAAGACAUCCAACAAUGGGAUAGGAAAGUACAAAAAUCUCGUGAAGCCCUGAUCGCGAUGACACGGAGCAACUCGGAGCGUCUCCUUUGCUUGAAUAGUCUCUUUGAACAGAAGAAGGAGCUGGAGAUGAAACUUUACGCAAGACAAAAGAAAAUUGGCAAGCAUCUUCAGGCCUGCAGCAGGCAAGCAGACAAGGACCAAAUCUGGAGUCUUCAGGAACUGGUGAGAAAACAAGCUGAGCAGAUAGAGAAGCUAUCUAAAGAGGUCAGCGAGCUUGGACCCACUGGAGGACACAUGCUUUCCGCCGCCCAUGCUCAUCUACCGCCGCUCCCUCGUCAACCCACUCCCAUAGUACACAAACUCAGCAGAAAACAAGGAAUACUUAUACCUGGCAUAAAGCAAGAGGACACAAGUGAAAGUGAGACGGACGACUAAAAAUGGAAUUCACCUGAUGUUACUUGUUCAUUAUUAUGGACCUUAGAUUGCUGAUAAAUUAACACAAGCAGAGGAUUAACAGUGACACAUUUUUAAGAGAAUUCCACAAAACAACGGUGAGCUCACUGAAAAGUAGUUAGAUCAGACCACAUCAUUUCUGGAGGUGGAAUCUCAAACACGGUCUUUCUUUAUGCUUGCUGUGUUCAAGUUGCUAUGUUGACCAAAACGCCAUUUCGAGUUCAAUUCUUAUUUUAAAACAUUUUCCAAUGUUGGGUUCUGAUAUUUCAACAUUUUACUUUAGAAUCUUUCAAGUAUUGUACAUUCUUUCUGAUUUUUUGCCAUCCCUGAUAAAUUUUCUGCGCUAUGGACUAAACUAAAUUUUGGGCCAAUAUCUCAGCUUUUUCACUAUCAGUAACUGCUGAACAAUUCUCCAAGGUUAACACAGGAUAAUCUCACUCCCGCUGAUCCCCUCCCAUCCUCUUUAUCAUCGCCCAAAUAUCCACUGUUCUACUCUCCGCCAACUGCACUCCUACCUCUUUUGCUACGUCGGGUCAGCCUCUGUCCAGGUGUUAGCCCUGUGGCAGUCAUCCAUUAAAUGCAAUUCAGUGUCCCCCAAACUUCCUAUCUCUGACACAGUCAUGGACCCCCUUACGCUAUGGAACCAAAACAGGAGAAGCCCUAGCAGUGUUCAGUGUUCAGCUGUCGUGGAGUUCCGUGCUGUACAAUGUCCCUGUUUGCUUCUUGUCAGCCCUGCCGGCUUUAUGACUUCCCAGUCUAAUGCAUGGUAGUUCGCAAGAGUCCCUCUAGUUCAGGGGUGUCAAACAAAUUUUUGUCACGGGCCGCAUCAUAAUCAUUGUUUCCUUCGGAGGGCCAUUAUAACUGUCAGCAUCUUCUAUAUAAAGUAUAGGCCACACAACAAACUAAUGAAUAACCAGCUUUUAAAUCAGAGUAGUAAAAAGUGUUAUACAUAUUUUAAAAAACGAAUGGAAAUAAAAAUUGCCAGAAAUAACUAUUUUUUUUUUAAAGUGAACUCAAUAUUUAAUUUAGUCUUGACACAUGAAGUCAAUGUACAAUUUGUCUUUGCGGGCCACAUAAAAUGAUGUGGCGGGCCAUGUCUGGCCCCUGGGCCUUGAGUUUGACACCUAUGAUCUAGUCACUAGACUUUAGUGGCAAUUCAAUUACAAUAGUCCAAAAAUAAAAGGACAAAAAUGGCUCACACAUCAAGUUUUAUUAACACCACAACAGAUUUAUUUGGCUUGGGUGUAGUGCAUAAAAUAUGAGAUAAGAUUGAAAACUUGCUAAGCUUGUAUAUCCCAUUUAUGUACAGUAUACAGUAUUUACAAGGGCGCGUCCAUUAAUACAAAUGCACUUUUUUUUCCUUUAACAAAUUGUAUGUUUAGUUUAACAUGGAUUGGUUAGAUGGGCUCUGUUAGAGACAUAUACCAAUUCUUAACACCUUAUCAGAUUUUCUUUAGUCACGACUGCCUCACGAGUAACACGUGUUACUAUUGUGCUCUACUUGUUUUGCCAGUGUUCAGAAAUGUCACAGUAGUAUUAGGGGGAAAAACACCUUAACAAGUGAGGCAGAUGUAGGAGUGAACUUAAUUUUCUUACUUGUGAGAACAAAGCAUACAAUUGUAUAUGAUCAAUGGAGAGUAUAAAUUCUCAAAUAUAGGCACUUGCUCUGUUUACCACUGCCUGCAUGGAAAAAAGACAAAAAAAAAACAUUGCUUUGCUUCACUAGUGCUCCAAUUUAAGCAAGUUGGGUUAUUUUUUUGUCCUUGUUCGGAGAGCAAACAUUUGACUUAGACAACAUUGUAUUUGGAAUAACUUCAAUGACCACUUCAGAGAAGGAAAUGCAAACAUACCCCCCCCC